AUGAAGAAAGAUCAGAAACAAAACCCAACAACCAAUGUGUUCAGUUCCCUUUUGCCUUCUUGGACCCUCUUGAGCAAUUUCUUUCUCUUCAGCACUGGUUUAACCAUUGGAAUCACAUUUAGUCCCUACCUCAGAAGUUUCCCCUUCAUCUCUAACCUCAAUCAACUCUCAAUUGCCCCACCACCUCCACCACCACCACCCCCACCACCAUUCCCAAACACCACCCGAACAAUCUCAAUCUCAAACCAAACAGAAAGUUUUGAAAGAAGCUUUUCGUUUGGCUCAAUAGAAAAUUUGAAGUCACCACCUAAUGCUAUGCACAACAUGGAAGAUGAAGAGUUGAUAUGGAGAGCUUCAAUGCUUCCUCGAAUUCAACAGUUUCCAUUCAAGCUUGUCCAAAAGAUUGCUUUCUUGUUUUUGGUAAGAGGAGAUUUACCAUUGGCCCCCCUUUGGGAGAAAUUUUUUGAAGGUCAUGAAGGGUUUUACUCAAUUUAUGUUCAUUCCAAUCCAUCUUUCAAUGGAACAGUGGCUAAAGAUUCAGUGUUUUAUGGGAGAAGAGUUUUGAGCAAGGAAUCAGACGGCCUCCCGUCUGUAAUUAGACUGGACAGUUCAGCAGUCUAG